GGUCAGGAGGUUUCUUUCAAUUAUUCAAAAUUGGAGUUUUAUUUUCUCUUUCAAAUACUGCGGUGAAGUAACCGUAAUUUCAAUAUAUCACGUGUCAUACAAUCUUUCUCCAGAAAAUGUCUUCGAAUCCUCUAGAAAAUAAUAUUCAGUUGCUCAGAACUUCAUUAAAUGUUUUAUUAAGAAUUUUUCUAAUAGAUCACGUCUUUUUAUUUCUCAAUACUCAUUAUUAAACUUUUUUCUUUUACUAGGCAAUAUAUGGUCGUACGAGCAAUAUAAUCGAACAUAGAGCUACUCAAGCUCAUCUAAGCCAACGACAAGCGAGCUACGAACCUUCUAAGGAAGAUUUAGAUGCUUUAGAGUCAUUGAAGACUCAAUUUCAUAUAGUAUGUGAUGAAAUUUAUCUUACAAAAUACCAAAAAAGUUUUUCUACGAGAAUAUCACGAGAAUUUCGAAGAAUUAAUACUUGAAAAUAAACAUCAUGAUGAGGCUAUUGCAGAAAAGAUGAAAAUUCAAAAUGAAAAAAUUGCUUUAUUGAGAAAAGCUCUAGAAUUGAAUAAAUUUUCAGAUCAAAAUGAUAAAAUGGAUGAAUCUUGAUAUUAGUUGAAAACGAUAGGAGUGUUACAUUAAAAAUUCUAUUUUCUUCGGAAUUCUUAUUGUCAUUUUUUUUUUAUACUACUGAAAGACUUGAUAAUGUAGCCUGUGUCUCAAUUACCUAUAAGAAAAAAAAAAAGAUUACCAUAAUAUAUA